UCUUUGCACCUCCAACGGAAAGCCCCGGAAGAGGCUCGCGCCGUGUGGCAACGGAGAACGCAGGUGAAGCGACAAGCGGCGCUGGCUCUUUACCCGCAAACGAAGACAAUUAAGCUGGAAGCGACACCUGGUCCACAAUGAGUGACAGCGCGACUGAUUUGCAUUUCCCCCUCUGGGUUGGAUCCGGUCAGUGUUUGUGCCACCGUGCUGAUGGACCCAGCCUUUCCCGACAGACUGCGAAGAGCUUACACGUGUAGUAAGGCAGGGUAAUCCAAUCUAGUGGCUCUGAGCAAAAUCAGUUGCUGUGAGAAACAAGAGUACCAACAAACAAAGGGACCAAACCAGUACUACCAGCUUCCAUCAUGGCGAGCCAGGACCCAGAAAAUACAGCACAUGCAGCAUUUGACUUAUUUGUCCAGGCCCAGAGUUGUAAGGAUGUGAAGCUCCUUUUUGCUGAACUCUGCUGUCAUCUUGACAUCAGUCCUAAUGAUUUUAGGGGUUUUUACCCCAAAUUAAAAGAGAGACUGAAUUACUGGAAGGCCAAAGUCUUGUGGACAAAGCUGGACAAACGGGCAUCUCAUGCAGAUUACCAGCAAGGAAAAGCCUGCACUAAAAACAAGUGUCUGGUCUUAGGUGCUGGGCCAUGCGGCUUGAGGACAGCUAUUGAGCUGUCCCUGCUUGGAGCUCAGGUAGUGGUGUUGGAAAAGAGAGAAGAAUUUUCUAGGAACAAUGUCCUACAUCUUUGGCCCUAUACCAUCUGCGACCUGCGUGGACUUGGUGCUAAGAAGUUCUAUGGCAAAUUCUGCACCGGUUCACUGGAUCACAUAAGCAUCCGUCAACUGCAGCUAAUUCUUUUGAAAGUGUCACUGCUGCUUGGAGUGGAGGUCCACACUGGAGUGGAAUUUCAUGGAUUGAUUCAGCCUUCAGGAGAAAAUGGCUGGAUGGCCCAGGUACAUCCUUCCUCUCAUCCUGCUUCAAGCUUCCAGUUUGAUGUCUUUAUCUCUGCUGGAGGUGGCAGGUUUGUCCCCGAUGGAUUUAAGCACAAAGAGCUGAGGGGCAAGCUGGCUAUUGGCAUCACAGCCAACUUCAUUAACAGAAACACAGCUGCUGAGGCACAGGUACCUGAGAUCAGUGGUGUGGCCCGCAUAUAUAACCAGAAAUUCUUCCAAGAGCUUCUCAAUGAGACAGGUAUUGAUUUAGAGAAUAUUGUCUACUACAGGGAUGACACCCACUACUUUGUUAUGACUGCCAAGAAGAAGAGCCUGUUGAAGAAAGGGGUCAUUAAACAGGACUAUACUAACGCAGAGCAACUUCUGACUCCUGGAAAUGUGGAUCAUGAGGCUUUGUGUCACUACGCAUAUGAUGCUGCGAACUUCUCCACUAGUGGAAAGCUGCCUCAGCUCCAGUUUGCUCAGAGCCAUGCUGGCCAGCCAGAUGUAGCCAUGUUUGACUUCACCUGUAUGCACCGCGCUGAGAAUGCCUCUAUGGUCAGAGAGAGGAAAGGAAAGAAACUGUUGAUUGCUCUUGUUGGAGAUUGCCUGGUGGAGCCUUUUUGGCCUCUGGGUACAGGAAUUGCUCGUGGGUUUCUUGCUGCGUUUGACACAGCGUGGAUGGUGAGACGUUGGGGAAUGGGGGCUCCACAUCUCAAGAUCCUGGCAGAACGAGAGAGUAUCUACCAGCUCUUGUCACAGACAACACCAGAAAACACCAGCAAAAACUACAGUGCCUACAGUCUUGACCCUAAAACACGGUACCUGAGGGUUAACCUCUCAUCCAUCCACUCAAAUCAGGUGCUGCACCUGUACAAUGUUGAUGUAUCUCAAACAUCAAUCAAAAAGCAGACGGACAAGUUGGGUAACAUGCGUCAAGAUUCUGUCAGUGGUUUUGAAGGGUUGUUGAAGUGGUGCCAGAGAAACACUGCAUGUUAUGAGAAUGUGAAUGUAACAGACUUCACCCAGUCGUGGAUAUCUGGAAUUGCUCUGUGUGCUCUGAUCCACCAUUUCAGACCUCAGCUAAUUGACAUGAGCACCCUAGAGGAGUCCAAUGUCAUUCACAACAACCAACUGGCCUUCAGUAUCCUGGAGAAGGAGCUGGGCAUCCCACCUGUCAUGUCUCCUACCGAUCUGGCCAACAGUGGUCAGAUAGACAAGUUAUCCAUGGUGCUCUACCUUACCCAAGUCCAAAACGCUUUAACUUUGCCAGCGAAAGAACCUGCAGGCUUGGUGCAAUCACCCAAGUCUCUGACUCUUGCAAGGACACAGUCAGCUAUCUUUUUUCUGAACAAGCUGAAGCACAACUCUCUGCAACGGCGCAAGGAAAAAUUUACAUCUGAGAGGCGAGAAAGAAUGGCAGAAAAUGAAAGUAUGGUGCCAGCUCCUCUUUCCCCUGAGCGCUUUCCUACAGCUGAUUCUGCUCCUCCUCUUGAACCUAAAACCGGUACUGGUGUGUCUACGACAAACAGCACCGAGUGUUACUUCUGCAGUAAAAAGGUCUAUGCACUUGAGCGCAUCAGCGCUGAGGGCAAGUUCUUCCAUCGGAGCUGCUUCACCUGCCAUCAAUGCGGCAUCACACUCAGGCUGGGAGGAUAUGUCUUUGUUGAGACUACAGGGAGGUUCUACUGUGAGCCGCACUCAGAAGGACUGGAGCUGGAGAGUGAUGCUCAAACAUCAUGUGAGGAAAAUAAAGAAAUUGACAAAGUGACAUAUGAUGAGAGCAGGCUUUCAAGUGAUGAUUAUACACCAUCACCAUCAGAUGAGGACUAUGAUUUACAGUGUGAUAGGUCUAAAUCUAAAGUGUGCACAAAGUCACAUAAACUGAGUGGACCGGACCAUCAUAUUCUGGAAUCCAAAGUAUCCCAGGAACCACAUACAUCUCAAGAUCUUCCAUCUGGAACAGAUAUACCAGCAUCUACAGAGGAGGAGACACAGGAGCUCCUGCUGACAGGGCCCUGCCCAGUCCCAAAGCCUCGUUUUUCUAGACAAGUCACACCAAAAUCUGAAUCCUCUCCUCCAGUAGCAAAACCUCGCACAGUCCACCUUUUCACACCCUCCACUUCUGAGAAACCAUCACCUCUGACCCCUGCAGAUGAGAUCUCUAAAGCACCACCGGGCUCCCACCUUAAGCAAUCGCUGAAGAAGCUCCAACUCACUGAGGAGGAGAAAAGCCAGUUGGUCAAUCUUCAAAGUCUGAGCGGUGACUCUGACUCAGAAACCCCAGGUGGAUCCUCGUCAUGUUCCUCUUCCUCUGCAACAGCAGGAGGUCCCAGCCCUCCGAAACCAGAUGGCUCAAAUGGGCAAGAAGAGGAAGGUUACUGGAGCGGCAGCACCGCAAGUAAUUACAGAGAAAAGAGGCAACGACGCGGCAUUAAGAAAAAAGAGCUGCCGAGUGGACAGACCAGGGUACGAUCCAAGUUUUCCCCCUGGAAUCUCUCUUCCCCGAGGAUCAGCAGAGACACACGACUCAGUGUCCUCGUUAACCAUCCAGGGAGAGGAGAAACAUUCUCUCACAGUGCCUCAGAAGAGGGUGCUGAUGGGGACAACGAUGACGACGAUGAUGAUGACGAUGAUGAGAUGUUUGAACGAGAAGAUCUUGCCUUGUGUGAUAAAAAAUUUCAGACAGUGUCAUCAAAUCCUGUGGAGGCUGAGAAAAUGGAGCUGAAGAAGAUAAGGACACUGGAACGUCGAGCCAAGAGGAGUGAAUUACAGCGACUGCGGAAAGCUCAGUCCAUCCAGAGGAGACUGGAAGAGAUUGAGGUUACCUUCAAAGACUUGGAGGAAAAAGGUGUUGUGCUGGAGCAAACGUUGCGUGGAGAGGCAGACAGCAGCGGCCCUCCUGAUACAAUUGAGCAUUGGAUCCAGCUUGUCCAUGAGAAGAAUGCAUUGGUCUCAGAGGAGUCCGACCUCAUGGUGGCGUCUCGCCAACUGGAACUGGAAGACAAGCAGAGCAUGCUGGAGUUGGAGCUCAGGAAAUACAUGGAGAUGAAAGAAAAGACCCCUGAGGAGCAGGCGGAAGAAGAGCGGAUCCUUCAGCAGAUGAUCGAUGUGGUGGACAUGAGGGACUCUCUGGUGUGUUUUCUGGAGGAAAAGAGGCUGAAGGAGAUCAGCGAGGAGCAAGAGACUUUAUCCAUCUUGGAGGCUAAACGGCACUCCAAAGCAGAAUCUCAAGUUCACUGGGCAUCAGGCUAUUAAACACACACACACACACACACACACACACACACACACACACACACACACACACACACACACACACACACACACACACACACACACACUCCAUAUAAGAGUCUAUCCUGCAACAUUGGAACCUGAAAUGUAACUUUUGCAAAGCCAAAGAUAAUACCUCAUUGUUGUAAAGGGUUAUCCUCCAACCACAAGUGGUCCAUCUGUGAGUAAGAAUGAAGAGUGCAGGUCUAUAGGCUAAAUAAAUAUCCGUUCUCUAGAGGGAGAACAACUCUCCUGGAAAAGAACUCUGUUGUCAUUUGCACUAUGGCACCCCCAGACAAUAAUUAUGACAUCCUGGGACUGGCCUGGUUCAUUGUCUGGUGUCCAAAGUGACAAAAUCACAUGAUGACAUGAAACAGAUUGCUUUGGCAACUUAAAGGUAAAUCCUGUUUGAUGAUAGUUGGGUUUGCAUUUUAAUUUUUAAUUGUGCCAUCAUGCUUAACUGUUAUCAUUGACAGAGAGAGACUGUAAUGUGCAGUGGAUAAUAAAAGCCUCCAUUAUUUGAGUAGACAAAGGGAAAAAUGGGGGUAAAUAUAUAUAUAUAUAUAUAUGUAGUUAUGCUUUAGUGUAAAAAUUAAUUGAUAAAUUUCUUUUUCUGUUCCAGUUUCUAUUUCUGAAUGUUUUUGCAUUUUAUGUUUCUGAAUUUGCUAGCACUUCAUACUCGUCACCAUGUCCUUUCCUGAGUGUUGGUCAGUUAAUCUCAGGGGUUGGUAGUUUAGCUCUCUUGGAUGAGAUUAAGGUUUUCACUGUAAUGGCCUUCAACAACUCGGCUACUUUUAAACUAGGUGUGUCACAGGGAACGUAAGGAGAAUGACUGAGAGAGACCAAACGGGACUGACUCACCUGUUUAUACACUGCAUCAUUUUUUUCAUUUGCAGGUGUCUUUAUUCACUAGUUUGCUGUUAGUGAAAGUGAGCCUUACAUAGUCCUUGCUCUGCUACCAUUGUGUGCCACCUGGACAGCACUUCACAGUAUAUAAAAUAAAGUUUAUGCACUUUGA